AUGGAAAAAAGCGAACCUUCCUUAGCAUGGAAAUCCAUUGUAAAAGAUUACAAUUUACUACAAACUGGAGGAAUGAAAUCCAUGGAUAGUCUCAGAGCAAAAUAUAAAAAUAUGAAAGCUAUGAAAAGAAGAAAAAUUUUAGAAAAUGGGAACAAAAAUAUGGAAUUGAGAACCUGUAAAAUUAAUUCAUCACUCGAGUCAACAGAAAUAUACUCGUCGUCAACGAGAAAGUUCGGCUCCACAGACAAGCGGAUUUCGGGAAUUGUUAAUCCAUUUGACUUUGAUAACCUUGACACUAAAACUGAUAUCAACGAAAUUCUCGAAGAGAAUUCGUUAAAAGGUACUUUCAGUGCAGAUACAUGAUGAAGCAGAAGAAGACAAAGCAAAAGUUCAUCGAGAUCUGAUUCAAGAGAAUAUUUCCAUCUAUAAAACUAUUCCAAGCGAGAUUUUCUUUAUUGUCUAAUAAUUUAGGGACUUUAAACACGGCCAUUAGUAAUUAAAUUGUUUUUAUUUUAUAUUUAUCAUUAUUUUGAAACAAAAGAGUUGACUAAAGUUGAAAGGACUUUAGAAAACUUUAUUUGAUGAGAACAAAAUGAAAUAAAAAAGAAAAUUACUUAUUAAAUCUCUUUUGCUGUCUCAGCCUAUAAAUAUCAUGAGUUGGAGGUGCAGCAGUGUUUUCAUCAUCAGAAUCAUCUCCACCACCAGGCAAAAGACGUCUUCUCUUACCACCACCAUCAUUAGUGUAACUG